CUGGGAGCAGGGAAGUGAUUGCAAGCAGGUUCAGCUGUGUAUGAAUAAGUGGGGCCUAUAAAGCCAGGAAGCUGGUAACAGACAGGGGCAACUGCUGGGAAAGGGCAGUCACUCCCUAGGAAGAGGGAGGAGGGUUUGGAGGUGGUACGCUCAGGGAAAGGAGGGGAGCCAGAGUGGUAGGAAGCAGUCCAGGGAAUGAGCAGUGAGGGCUGGGAGAGGAAAGCUGAGAACUGCUGGGUUGAAUGUCACUGAACUGGAACCCAGAGUAGAGGGUGUGUCUGGGUUCCCCCACCCAUCACUGGGGAGGUGGCACAAGCAGGGCAAUGAAUGGGAAGACUGCCUGAGUCACUGUGAGAACUGAAGGAUUGUAUCCAGAAGAGGGAACGUUGAGUGACCUAGCUGGAGGACUGAGUCACUAAGAGGAUGCAGCUGUUCCUGGAUGAGAGAGAAGCUGCGGACCAGAGAGAGAUACAGCCAUACGAAGGGGUGUUGACCUCAAGAGCUAAUCCCCAGAGUGACUAGGAGGAGGUGCCAGACAAGUGGAGAAAAGGGACCAGAAGUCUUUAGUGAAAAUGUUUUUCCACAUCCUCAUCUUUGUGGCCAUCUUCUAUUUGUGGUGGAAAUGGAGGACACAAGAUGGGCAGAAGAUUAGAGAUCUCACAGACAAAUAUAUAUUCAUCACUGGAUGUGACUCCGGAUUUGGAAAUCUGGCAGCAAGGACUUUUGAUAAGAAAGGAUUUCGAGUUCUUGCCAGUUGUCUGACUGAAGCGGGAGCAGUGGAGCUAAAAGCAGCAACCUCAGAGCAGCUCCAAACAGUGUUGCUGGAUGUGACAGAUCCAGACAAUGUUAGGAAGGUGGCUGAGUGGAUUAAAGCUGAAGUGGGGUCAGCAGGUCUGUGGGGGCUAGUCAACAAUGCGGGGAUUAUGGGACCAUCAGCGCCGACAGACUGGUUGAAUAUUGAGCACUUCAGAGCACCAAUUGAAACUAAUUUAAUUGGCCUCAUAAAUGUUACAUUACAUUUGCUUCCCUUGGUAAAAAAGGCCAGAGGGAGACUAGUAAACAUAUCCAGCACUGGAGGUCGCCUGGCAUUCUCGGGGGGUGGCUAUGUUCCUUCCAAGUUUGGGGUGGAAGGAUUUAAUGAUAGUUUAAGACGGGACAUGAAAGCUUUUGGAGUUAAGGUUUCUUGCAUUGAACCUGGGCUGUUCAAAACUGGACUAUCCAAUCGAAAAAAGAUCAUCGAAGAAAGGGAGGCCAUUUGGAGUCAACUUCCUCCUGCCAUUAGAAAACAAUAUGGAGAGGGGUAUGUACAGAAAGAUGCAGCAAGGAAAGAAAAACCGGCUCAGAUGCUUCUGAACGCAAACCUCUCACUGGUUGUGCAAUGUAUGGAGCAUGCACUAACAAGCAUUAAUCCUCACUCACAUUAUUCCGCAGGCUGGGAUGCUAAGCUUCUUUGGAUUCCUCUUUCCAGCAUGCCUGCAGCACUACAGGACAUUGUACUCCUGAGAAACAAAGCAGAGCUUGCUGACCCAACUGCAGGGUGAAUUCUCCUCCUUUAUUUACACUUUCCCAUUGAACUGGGGAUGGCCCGGCUGUCUGAGUCAACAAGAACCAGCCCUUUCUUUUAGCCCUCUGCCUGCUGAUCCAAACUGUGCCUGACACCUAUUUUUUUUUAUAUUUCUAAAAGCUUUUAGAGUGCCUGCUUCUCAAAUCUGAUACAUAUUGCAGCCAUAUUUUUAAUCUUAUGUAUAAGCGGGGCCACAUUUUAUCAAAGAAUCAAUAAAAAAUGGAAAUGUUGCAAA